AUGUCGCCAGAAAGCUCACCAGAGCGGCGCCCGCAUCGCGAGUCGUCGCCCAUGACACCAAUCUCGCCGUUAUCCCCGAGCAGCUCCCUGCCACAAUGGCUACGACACACACGUCCGCGAACGGGGUUGUUAGCGAAUGCCAAGUUUCGAGUCCUCGCCGUGGCACUUGGAUGCAUCAUGAUGGGGUGGAUGCUCACCUCGAUGCUCGGACCUGGAGAGCGGGCAAUGGACUUUGCAGGGACGUACGAUGCGGCCUCGGGUGGAAUACUGGACGACCCAACGGGGUUUGGGAUGGCUACUGUCAAAAGUCAAUCGAUGCAGCCUGGCAUCAUUGGUGGAGAAGAGCCGAAGGAUGAGAUGGAAGCCGAAUCGGAUACCAAUCGUCACAAGCAGCCAUCAGUCACAGGCGCACUGUCAGAGCUCCACGAUGCAGUCAAGGAUAAGUUGAAGUCGUGGAACCCAUACCAUGCUCAACCAGUCUCUCAUGGAGCCUCACGGGUCAACUCCACAGCCACCGCCUCGCGGCCACACGGUCUGGCUAGCGCCACAGCCACUGCACUCGCUGGUGAGGCAAUCACGGAUGGUAUCAGUGAUGAGGAGCGCCUUGGAGCUCGAACUCGCAUUGGGAAAUGCACGAUCCUCUUCAACGGCAACAGCUUCUGGGAGCGGGCGAUCCGGACUCACGAACGGCACGACAGGGAACACGGAUACCGCCUCCACGUCCUGCGGCAGCAUCUGAUGGACGAUGUCUGGUCAAAGCCAGCGUAUAUCCUCAGUCUCCUCCUUCGCGAGCUCUCGAAGCCAGAAAGCGAACGACUGGAGUGGCUGUUCUGGGUCGACGCCGACACCAUCAUCCUCAACCCUCACAUUCCGAUCGAAGUUUUUCUUCCUCCACCAGGUUCAGAGUUCGACGAUGUUCACCUCUUGUUCUCUAACGACUGGAAUGGUCUCAACAAUGGCGUCUUCCCGGUUCGAGUGAAUCAGUGGUCAGUUCAGCUCUUCUCCGCCAUCACUUCAUUUCGUCACUACCGCCCCGAUGCACCCCUGCCGUUCCGCGACCAGUCUGCUAUGGACGCCCUGAUGCAUGAGCCGGCGUUCUCCAGCAACCUCGCCCAGGCGCCGCAGCGCUGGUUUAACGCAUAUCAGGGUGAACAUAACGAGACGCUGGCACCCUUUCAGAUCCGCAGAGGUGACUUCCUGGUCCAUUUUGCCGGGGUGCUCAAUCGAGAAGAACGGAUGGGUUACUGGCUGGAGCGGGCUGAGCAACAUUUGGACGACUGGGAGGUUCCGGUCAAGUCCACCAGCUACCCCCAAGAAGUCAGAGACUUUUGGUCGGAGCAGAAGGACCUGCGAAGGCGGAAGAAGGAGGCUCUGAGCGGGGCGAGAUUGAAGGCGAAGGAGCUGAUGUCGAACGUUGAGGAGCACAUGGAAGAGUACGGUGAUAGAAUGAGCGAAGAGCAAAAGUCAUCCAUUGAGGAGAAUCGCAAGGGCUUGUACACCAUCCUGGAAAGCGGAGACGACGCAUCGGACCUCGACAAGAUGGAGGAGGCAAUGCACAAACUCGAAGAGUCGUUCCAGCCGUUGACCUCCGUCGUCACCGAAGUCCACAAGACGCUGCUGAACUCGGCGCACGAGGCUAUCUUUGCCGGCGAAAAGGAUCUACUUCAAAGCGGCUUCAAUCAAGGAAGCAGCAGCCCCGAGCUCGAGAGGAUCUCGGACAGCGUCAAGCAUCUGAAGUAUCUCGUCAUGACGCCGCAGGAGAAUUGGAAUCGUCACGACAUCACAGCCGCCACGGAUGCUGUGACGGAUGCUCGUGCGAAGCUUCAGGAAAAGGAGGCCGCUACGCUCGCGGAAGCGCGUAGGAUCGAGCAGGCCAAGAAGCAGGCUGGGAUAGCUCUGGAUGACGUCCAGAAGCAGGCCGCAGAUGCAUCCUCAAGCACGAGCUCGUCUCUGGAACCCUCCACCACGGAUUCCGCGUUGGCUCCGACAAACGUGGGCGAGCCUGCCUUCGCUGCCGUUAGCGCGGCUACAGACGAUUAA